GCCCAAUGCAUUCCCUGCAGACAUGUGCAGAGGCUAGAACCUGGUCACAGCAGCUCACUUGGCCUAGGGGGCUCUGUGGGAGCUGCCUGCCUUUGAGGGGGAAGCUACGUUUUCAGUGGUAGGAAUAUACAUCAACAGAGAUUCAGCUUUUGCUCCAGAUGCACACAAAUCACUCUUUUCCCACUUUGUUUUAUUUCUUAAGAAGUGAACAACCUUGAAAGUUGAACUCCUUACUCUUUUCUGGCUUCUCUCCACUGUGCUGGACAAGAGGCAAAGUAGCAUGCUGUUUCGUAGCCAGAAAAUAAUUCUUAAAGGGAAUGGAGCCUCUAUGGCUGCUGUGUAUUAAAUACUGAGAGAAAGAACAUUGAGGACUGACCACAGCAUGGUCGCCUUCCAGAGGCUGGAGGCAACCCAGGUGGGGCUAGUGAGCACCCCCCUCUCCUCACCCAGUGCGAGAAUCUGUUGAAAUAUGACCCAUGGUUUUAACUUUAAAUAAGCAUUUCUGUCCUAAUAGAAGCUCCUUUAAUGUCUCCUGCAGCUUUGAUUUUGGAACACGUCACAUUCCUCAUUAAAGCAAUCACUGUUAAAACAUAAAGCAACACAGGAUUUAUUUCUUCAUUAAACUGAUGAUCCGUAUAUGAAGCCAAUUAACAUUAUGAGUCUGGUGAACAUCAAGUGUAAAGAGGUUAGAGAAAAUUAAAAGCAGUCACCUUGGUCUUUAGAUAAAGAAAGUACACUUUUAGGUUGUAAAUUAUCAGAGUGUCCAAGCGGGACAGAUUGGUGAAUUUGGUUAAUUGGAAAAUACAUUUUACCACACAAGAAUUAAGGAAAAAUAACCUUUUCGUUAAUAACGCCCUUUGGGGGGGGGAGGACGGAAGCGAAUAUAUUAGUCACCUUCUCCUGGGUUCAAGAGUCGGAGAAAAUCGAAGCGAAAAGGGGGGCUCUCGUCAUCAAAGUUUGCUAUAGUCUUUCGUUUCUACGGAUGCGUGUUUGUUUAUUUAUAUCGCUAUUUUGCCGUCAGGAGCAAGCCCUGCCCCGCGGUUAGGGGAGAGGUAUACGGGGCGAGGCGAGGUCGAGGGUCCGGAUCUGGCUCCGCGUUCCGCGCAAGGUGAGUGUUUUCCGGAGCUCUGAGGGGUUGUCCCGCCAGUGCGGCGUCCAGGCUUGCGUCGGUGGCUCUGGGAAGGAUGGGACCAGGCGGUAUCUGGUCUCAGGUCUUUUCUGGCUGAAGCCGGUGGACAGGUACCGCGAGGUGUUGCGGAGUGAAGAGUUUGGUCCUUGUUGCGAUUGCUGAGCACGCUUCUUAAGUAACUUUCGUAUGUUUGGAUCGCGAGAGCACUGGGGUCGUUUUCCCCGAACUCCUGGGAUCCGGCGGGGCGGGUUCGCAGCUGCACACAACUGGCGGAUCCCUCGGGACCGGGCUCCUCUAGCUUCGCAGCCUGGGAGGAACCGGUGCUGCUGUCCAUGGUUCUGACCAGCCGGGCGGCUCAGGAAGCGCGCAGCCCACAAAACCAAGAAGAACCUGGGAUCUCUCUGGGCCUUGACAAGAACCUGCUUUGAUGGAUGUCAAGGAUGGGGAGCUGAGACUGGGAACUGGACGUCGCUAGUUUUGGGGACCAGCGCAGCGCCCGGUUUCUUGUACCAAGGGAUUCCGCACAGGUAUCCAGGUGCGCUUAGAGCAUCUUGGCGGAGUCGAUCCGACGCCUUCCUCACUUCGUUUUACAAGCACUGGUUUUCCGAGCGCACAGGGCGAGCAGGCAGGAACUGCUGCUUAGGGCAAGUGAGAACCUGAGGGGGCUUUGGGCAGACGCAGCUCGCAAGAGGAGCUUUGGGCUCCUGAACAGGACUCUAGAGAGCAGGGGUCCUCUGAGGGAGAGCUGGAGAGAGAACGAGAGAGUUUUCAGCGCCUCUUGGCCUGAGCUGAGAGAGGGUCAGCUUCCGUCCCUCUGGAUGAAGUGGAAAAGGCGCUUUCAGUUAUCCAGCGGGCUUCAUCUGAGACGGCACCCUCUCUUCAGACCUACAAGCUUGCUACCCGUUCCCACCCUCCCGCCAGGGCCGGCCACCUGGACUCUCGGAGUCUAGGAGCUGGCUCCGCAGGCUCUCUCCACUCUGAACAGAGCCGGAAUUUCCAGCGGUUUCUUGCGUGUGGCCGGCAGCUUCCACUGUCCAGACCGCUUGAGCCCAGGAGGGGCCGCUGAGGUACACCGGACAGGGACUUGUUUCCGCCUGAAAGCCAGGCCGGAGCUACGAGUGCUAGUCCGUCCCGUUCACCCUCCUGAUUCCUAACCGUCCAGCCGAUCGGGCCGUCGGUGAUGUUUUACUUCCACUGUCCGCCACAGCUAGAGGCAGGCACUGCACCCUUUGGUAACCAUUCCACGGGAGAUUUUGAUGAUGGGUUUUUGCGCAGAAAACAACGGCGGAACCGGACUACAUUCACUCUCCAGCAGCUGGAAGCUCUGGAGGCAGUUUUUGCCCAAACACACUACCCUGAUGUCUUCACUAG